AUGGAUAACAAGAACGCAGACGAUGGUACUCAAAUCGCAGAGCUGCUGGAGAAAAUCACUGAGACUGUGGCUGCAAAUGGGUUCAACCAUUUUGUCCCUGAUAAGAAGAUACAUCUGAGCAUUGAAGAGAAAAGACUAAGAGUGGAAGACGGAGCAAGACUGAGGCAAAGUCAAGUCAAGGCCAGAAGAAACUCCCUUAAAGGAUCCAAAAACAAACUGCGUGAGCUGAGGAUAGUGCUGCUUGGUAUGAAGACAUCUGGAAAGAGUGCAACAGGAAAUAACCUCCUGCGUAAAGGAGCAUUCGCCACCUGCCAAAAUAACUGCUGUCAAGUGGAGGAGGAGGAAGUUGCUGACAGACUGAUCACAGUGAUCGACACCCCAGGCUGGUCCAAGUCCAGCGAAUGCAUUAAAGAGAUGGACAAAGAGAUUGUUCGAGGUCUGUCUGUGAGCCCAUUAGGGGUUCAUGCCGUACUGCUGGUUGUCCCGUCGGAUCUGACGUUCAGAGAAGCUCAACAGGUUGCCCUGGAAGAACACAUGAACCUCUUCGAUGCCAGCAUCUGGAAACAUACCAUGGUUUUGUUCACGUACGGAGACAAACUAGCAGAUAAAUCCAUAGAGGAGCACAUUGAGAGGGAGCAUCGAGCUCUACGCUGGUUGGUCGACAAGUGUGAGAACAAAUACCACGUUGUGAACAACAUGAAGAAAUCUGACAUGAGUCAGGUUACCGAGCUGUUUGAGAAGAUAGAGGAAAUGGUGGCCGGGAACAACGGUCGGCUCUACUGCCCUGACAUGAAUGACGUCCAUCACAGAAUCGAGGAGAAGUUCAGAAGGAGGCAGCUCAAAAAUGUGCUGAAGCAGCGGCUGGAGGAGGAAUACAGGAGGAGAGAGCUGGAGCUGAUGAUCAACUUCAAGGAAACACUCCUUGAGCUGCAAGCUGACAACAAGGAAAGUGUGACAAGCACUAAAUCCAAAUCACUGAAUCAACUAGUUGGAGACAUGGCCAAACUCAAAGUCAAGGCUUUUGGUCAGAGGAAGAAGGAGGAAAACACAGACGCAAAAAUCAAUCAUGAAAUUGAAAAGCUGGAUAAGGAAAUAAUGAGAUCGACAGAGCUUCUUCGGAACAGCAAGGAAUUCUUGAUGCCAGACUUGAAGGGCGAGAGUCGACGAUCAUCCAUCGCUGAGUCUUAUCAAGAGGGGAAAAUGCCAACCGGCCAAUUUGAUAAUGUUCUGCAAUGGCUGUCCACGCUUCAGAUCAGCAAAAACGCAGAGGACGAGUUGACGCUCAACUUCUCCCAGACGUCAGGAUACAGAUCUGUGCUUCCACAAGACGAGUUUUACGCUGAAGCUGAUAUUCCAGAAUGAAUCGUCCAAUGUAACCAAUGUUGUUAUUGAAGUUUAACCACUGCAUCACGAUGGUUGAUUCAGUUCUGUGGUAAUCUGGUGGGUUAUUGUUAGAAGUCUUCUUGUGUGGGAGUCCUGGGAGGAGAAAGCUAGAUGCAUCAGUCCAUGUACCAAGGCCGGUCAUCUAGAAAACAGAGGGCCGCUGGUGACCCAGUCCAGUUGUCCUUGAGCAAGAUCCUAACCCCAAAUUGCUCCAGAUGGUAUUUCUGUAAUGCAAUUUUGUUUUGGUUGCUUGAGAAAGUAAUUCAAGGUGAAGGGAAGGCACCCUGGUUAAUCUCCCUGGGUUUAUAUUCAUGGGAAAGUUGCAGAAUUUUGUAUCUAAGGUUGUCACAAUACCAAAAUUUUAAACGAUUCUAAUAUUAAAAAAAUUACACUCCAUACCACCCUGUGAUGAGCUGGCGACUUGUCCAGGGUGUACCCCACCUCUCGC